AUGGAAGAGAACUCGGCAGAGGAGUUUGCACUAAGUUUCGCCGUCGAUGCAAAAGAGAGGACCGCCUCUACCGCCUUCUCUGUCUGUGGUGAGAUUGCCUCUGUCUCCUUCCCACUAGCCUCUACCGCCUUCUCUGUCUGUGGUGAGAUCGUCUCUGCCUCUUUCUCGUUAGUCUCUAUCGCCGGCUCUGCCGGCGGUGAGAUCAUCUCUGUCUCUUUAUCGUUAGUCCCUAUCGCCGGCUCUGCCCGCGGUGAGAUCAGCUCUGCCUCUUUCCCGUUAGCCUCUGUCGACGACUCUGCCCGCGGUGAGAUCGUCUCCGCCGCCUUC